CGAUCGCCUCCCCCCCCACCUCCCCUCCCCUAUCGCAAACUCCCCAUCCUCGGCGCGCCUGCGCGCACAUUCUCACUCCGAGCCACUGCGAAGAGCGGCGCGCGGGGAGAGCUCCCAGCCACGCAGAGAGCAGCAGCCCACGCGCCCCUCGAGGUGUCUGCGAACGAGGAGCGAGAAGAUUGCCCCCUGCCAAGGAAAUCCGAACGCAUCGGCCGAUAACGUCAACUGCGCUGCACAAGGCAACACUUUUGAAACCACCACCUUCGCGACCACCACCGCCGCUCCGUAUCAAGCAGCAGCACCUGCUCGGGACCGUUUGGCAGACAACGAGCCAAGCGGCGUCGCAGCUUCAGCACACAACAGCGCCGACCACCAGCGUCAUCGUCGUCAACAGCAGCAACAGCAGCAGCAAGAAGAAGAAGUAUAAUUAGAGGACACCCACCACCUGAGCGCCGACAUGUCUUUCAACGGGGACUUUUCCGAGUUGGAGCACUUUGACGAGCGGGACCGCGGCCUGCGCUUCAGCCGCGGCUCCCGCGGUGCCAACGGCCUUCCCAGCCCCUCGCACAGCGCGCACUGCAGCCUGUACCGCACCCGGACCCUGCAGGCGCUCAGCUCGGAGAAGAAGGCCAAGAAGGUGCGCUUCUACCGCAACGGGGACAAGUACUACAAGGGCAUCGUGUACGCCAUCUCGCCGGACAGGUUCCGCUCGUUCGAGGCGCUGCUCGCCGACUUGACCCGCACGUUGUCCGACAACGUGAACCUGCCGCAGGGAGUGCGCGCCGUCUUCACCAUCGACGGGCAGCACAAGAUCACCAGCCUCGACGAGCUGCUCGAGGGCGAGAGCUACGUGUGCGCCACCAACGAGGCGUUCCGCCGGCUCGACUACACCAAGAACGUCAAUCCCAAUUGGUCGGUCAACGUCAAGGCGGUCGUGGGCAUCGGCUCGAGCAGCUCCAUCGGCUCGGGCCUCUCGUCCCUCUCGGGCGGCAUUGGAGGCAUCGGCGGCAUCGGCGGCACGGGGGGAGGAGGCGGCGUCGGCGGCGUCGGCGCCGCCUCCUCCGCCGGGCUGGGCGCCGGCGUGGCCACGGCGGCCCUGCUGGCGCCAAUCGGGCGGGCGCCCUCCUCGCUGGCGAGCGGGGCGCACACGCCGGAGACGCGCGAGGCUAAGGAGUUCAUCCGACCCAAGCUGGUGACGGUGAUCCGCGCCGGCGUGCGGCCCCGCAAGGCGGUGCGCGUGCUGCUCAACAAGAAGACGGCGCACUCGUUCGAGCAGGUGCUCGCCGACAUCACCGACGCCGUCAAGCUGGACACGGGCGCCGUCAAGCGCCUCUACACGCUGGACGGCAAGCAGAUCGCCUGCCUGCAGGACUUCUUCGGAGAUGACGACGUUUUCAUUGCCUGCGGGCCGGAGAAAUUCCGCUACGCUCAAGAUGACUUCAUCCUGGAUAGAGAAGCAGACUGCCGCGGCCUCAAAUCGACCGCCGGGAAGGGGGGACCACCGUCUGUGCCUCGCCGCAGCGGAGCCAAGAGCCCGUCCAUCCGGAGCAAGUCGCCUGGCGGAUCAGUGAACGGCGGCAGCGGCAGCCAGCUGUCGACGCCGCGCUCGGCCCCGUCUCCCAGCUCCCCCUCCAGCCCGUCCAGCCUCCGGCGCAACAAGGAUCUGUACCUGCCCCUGGCUCUGGAUGAGAAGUGAGGCAGAGUUGGAACCACAAAACAAGAGCAGGGGCAGGAGAAGGAGGAGAGGGGCGAUGGUUCAGACGGUGACGUUCAUUUGGACUUUUGUGGCCGUUCAAUUUGCUGGCCAUAAACCACCGUGACCCGGGCCUGCUCAUCUCAUUUCUCAUCGCAUCAUCCGUCCGUCCAUUCCGUUACCCGUCGUGUACUUCGCCGUUAAAAAAAAAAAAACAUUCAUCAUAAUGAGAAUAAUAAUAGUCUGCACAUUCGCAUAUAACAUAGAUGUAAUUCCGGUCGACGUUUAUUUGGCUAGGAGCUGAAAAACGCAAGUCGUGCUUUCGUCAGCCUUUUCGGAUAUGAAACAACCACGAGACGGCUGUAAUGUCAGUGAUCUAAGUACAGAGUGAAAAGGAUGUGCAUUGUGUAUCGAUCGAUGAUUUUUUUUUGCUUUUUUAACGUAGAUUUUAUGAUUUUGCGACAUUUUUUAAAAUGGGCACUCGCUUGAUUUUAUUUCUCCUUGCAUAACUACAACUAUAUAUAUAGUUACACGUAACUGUAUGUAUGAACUGAUGUUUGGCUUGCGAUGAUUCACCUGAUUCCACUGCCAUCACCAAAGCAUUGUAAAGAUGUGCAGAAGCAAGGUGUUGAACAGGGUGUCAGGGGUCAGCCAUAAGAAUUAAACUUGCUUUAAGUGUUGUGCUCACUCUCUCUGAAACUCACGUAACCCACCCGCCCCAGUCUCUCUGUCUCCCACACCUCCGUACACACGCACCACCUCUCCUAAUAAGCGCCCGUGUCUUUCAUGCCCAAGUUUGCUUUCCAACCGCAGUUGACGAAAACCCACUGCCGCUGAGUUGCCCAAGCCACAUGGCGCUCUGCGCGUGUGACCUUGGGAAAACGCUGUUCGUUUGUGGAUGAGCCCCUUAAAGUAUUUCCCUUGAAAGAUCAAAUGCUACUUAAGUGCUGCCCAUGUCACACCGGUGCACUCUGGGAUUUUUUAAUUUUAGAUGAGAGCGGCCCUAAAGUUGUGUACGAGAUUACGGCGGAUCGACGUCUCUUCUCGAAAUCUUUCCAGAAACAACGCAACUCUGGGCUCCUUCACGCGUCAUGCGUUGGGAUAUUACGGUUUCCGACGAGGUGAAAUUUAAUCAUGAACGUGUCGAUUUUAUAACGGUACACUUGCGUGGUGAGCUUAAAACUAACAUCCUUUUAUGCUUUAAAUUUUCUAACGUUGAACAUUUUUCUAUUGUUUCUACUUUAUUUAAUGUCGUCCUUUGUACUUUUUUUUCUAAGGUGGGGGAAAUAGAGAUUAUUUUGUAUAAAUAUUAGCACCUUGACCAUAGAGUGGAUGAUCGUCUCGAGUCAACGUCACAACUAUGACUCUGCACAUUUCUAGGCUGACAUUGCUAAUAAACGCUACUUUAACCACGGCAAUCGGAGUAGUUGUAAUAAAAACAGAACCACUUGGAAUGGGACUUAGAACGCCCGAGCUAGAUCAUGUCACAGUUUUAACAGCUGCACGUUGUAAUCCACUCGAAAGUUUCGUGCGGUGAUUUUUAACGAACGUGGGCGCUGGGAAAUUUAGAAAAAAAAUAUUGUACAGUCUGUUCUCCUGUAACGCGGUAGAUGCGUUCCUGAAGAACAACGCGUUACGGGGAAAAAAUAAAAUCGCGUUAUAAUAAAUAAUAUAUAAUAUAGGGUAAAGCACAGUCCGCGAUAACACGGUGAGAUGCGUAACGCAGGCUGAACAAAGACCGAGGUGCGUGGGUAGCAUCUAGAAGCAUCCAGCAGUAUCCCGAUGCCUUGUGCGACGCUACGCCGAGGCAGCCGUACUACCGCUUGCUCCGACUCGCGCGACGUAGUUCCGUUCACUCGAUCGCGCUAUAUCCAAUUGGCGCUGUGAAAACGCUCGUGAAUGGGAGAACAGACUGAAUAGCGUUCGGGUGAAUGGUGCACUCGCUCACCCUCCCCAAGCACAGUUAUAUCAGGAGCGACCGCCGGGCAACAGAGAGCCCAGAGACGAUUUCUCUUCUUUUUUUCUUCAGUGCAUUGGACAAAACCUCCCCUCCUCAUUUCUCAGAAUUGUAAAAGUGUCUCUACCCCCCUUCAAAGUCCUCCCACUUCCCCCCUUGCCCUCUCUUUUGUUUUUCCUUCGAUUUAGUUUCUCUCUCUCUCUCCCUACAAUGUUGGCUGGUGUUAUUGCUCCUGCAGCCAGACGUGGGAUUUGACUAUUUUUUUGGUCAGGCUCUGCUUGGAAUGUGCAUGUGUGUGCAGGACGUGUUACUCUUGUGCAGUGUUUUUAUUUCUUUUAAAUGAAAAACUUGGUGGGGGGGGACGUUUUUUUAUUUUAUGAUUUCCUUUGCCGUUUUUCAUAUGGGUAAUUGUUUGUUUUUUCCCGCUUCCAGUAUCUCGCUGUUAGUGUUAGGAAUAUUUAACAUGAUGGUAAAUAAAGAAAGCCUUUCGUUGUA